AUGGACCCCAAGGACCGCAAGAAGAUCCAAUUCUCGGUGCCCGCGCCCCCCAGCCAACUCGACCCUCGCCAGGUGGAGAUGAUCAGACGCAGGAGACCGACCCCUGCCAUGCUGUUCCGGCUCUCAGAGCAUUCCUCACCAGAGGAGGAGGCUUCCCCCCAUCAGAGAGCCUCAGGAGAGGGGCACCACCUCAAGUCCAAGAGAGCCAACCCCUGUGCCUACACACCUCCCUCACUGAAAGCUGUGCAGCGCAUAGCUGAGUCUCACCUGCAAUCCAUCAGCAACUUGAGUGAGAACCAGCCCUCAGAGGAGGAGGAAGAUGAGCUGGGGGAGCUGCGGGCCCUGGGCUAUCCAAGAGAGGAUGAUGAAGAUGAGGAUGAGGAUGAGGAUGAUGAAGAGGAGGAUGAAGAGGAGGACAGCCAGGCUGAAGUCCUGAAGGGCAACAGGGAAUCUGCUGGACAGAAAGCAACCUGUGGCCAGGGUCUGGAGGGGCCUUGGGAGCGCCCACCCCCUCUGGAUGAGCCCCAGAGAGAUGGGAGCUCUGAGGAUCAAGUGAAAGACCCAACACAAAGUGAGCUGGGGGAGGAGCCACAGCACCCUGCCCCACUAGAGCCUGGCACAUAG